GAAACUAUUCGACCAGAAUAUCUAGGUAGCAUUGCAGAAGUUAAUGUCACAAAAGUUUGUCUGAUAUUUGACAUUUUUCAUAAACUAUUACAUUUUCCAGUGCUGAUGCAACAUCAUUUUUUCUUUGAUCCAUUGGAAAUAAGAAGAGAAACACGUUAUCCGAAACAGCAAGACUUAAACUACGGCCUUUCAACCCAAGUUGGGAAUUGGUUUGAAGAACGUCAGACCUAUAAAAAGAAUUUUUUCAAACAUUCGUCAUCGUAUUCCAACGAUUUCACUCCAAAGCCAUACUCCAAAGUUGAAGCCAAUUUCAUUUGGUCGGAAAAAUUCAAAUCAGAAGGAGUAGAUCCAAUCGUACACACCAGAUAUGGAUGCUUGGACCACCCGAAUUUUUUCGAAAAUUUUUCUACGACUUACGAUCUAUCUUUCAACCACUACCCGAAGUGGUACAAACACUGUGGCAACAUUAAUAGGAAGUUGAGGUUACGAACACUGCAGUACGAACCACUUGAUGACUACAUAGACAGUUUUGAUAAUAUAACCAGACAAGGGUUAGUAGAGCAGAAGAAAGAUGACUGGUGCCAGGACAAGUGGAGCUCAUUUUUCACCCAAAGAACACAUAAUCAGGAAACGUUCAAACCGCCAUCUCAACAAGACUACAAUUUCGUUCGACAUGCACCGCCAAAGUGUAAUUCCAGUAGAUUCUAUGCUGCAAAUUUGAAUGCAGCCAAACAAUUGUUGAGAGAUGGUGUACCAGCCUAUACUGUUGUACCCAGUUUCGAUUUAGUAAGAGUCCCAACGGAAUCAAGAUGUGAUCCUUUAACUUGGGAAUGUCCCAAGACCAAAUAAAAUAUAUAUUAUAAAAUUUAAGAAAAUAUUACUUUUGUAUAUAACAUUAUAUAAUAUACAAUAUAUUUUAUACUGAA